AUCCUGUGGAGCGUUCGCUUCGAAGAGUCAUUCUCGACCUUCCCGUCGUCGUUCGAACACGGAUGGAAAGAGGCACCGGGUGCGUGGCGCGGUGGUCCUGUUUUCCCGUGAGCGUGACGAGCCGCGCGACGACCUCUUCGUGUCCUCCCGUUCUUUCCACGUUCCCGCUCCAUCGACGACGAGCACUUCAGCCUGGAAACGAGAACGAGAUUAACGAACUCUUUGUCGAGCGGCCCCCGCCGGGGGCCCGCGUGCAUCCCGCGCAACUUUUUUAGUCUCCUUUUUGUUUUUUCGCCCGAUGCGACUCGAUUGGAACCGUUUAAAUUUUAUUCAAAGAUUCUUCUCCUUUCCGACUGGAGGAGGCGCCGCCGCCGCGCCGCCGGCUCGAUAACCCGGUCGUGCUCGUUCGGUCGUUUCAAACGCGCGAUUAUCGCUCUCGUUUUCGGCGCAGUUCGCGCGAAACGGGGAACCGACCGUGGGAGCUUUUCGUUUCUACGUUCUCCACGUGUCGACGUUUCAGGUAGCACCGAAAAAUGAACGAUUACGGGUACGACAGAAGAGGCGGGAGGGAGUACGACAGACGGUCAGGAGGCAGAGACGACGACGGGGAUCGCGAGGACAGGAAAACCACCCUGCAACGCCUGGACAGCAUCCAGGACCCCGGGAAACGCUAUCUCCUCAGAGAGUGCAUCGGUUUCGGCGUGUGCGGAGACGUUUUCGAGGCUAUCGAUCAACAGGCCGGUAACAAGAAGAUCGCGAUCAAAGUGCAAAAGCUGACGGUCGAGUCGCAGCCGUUGAUCGUCGAGGAGUACAAGGUUCUGCGAGAUUUAGCGUCCCACCCGAACCUGCCGGACUUUUACGGGAUUUAUCGGAGGAGGUCCGGCAAGAAGACCGAGUACGAUCAAAUAUGGUUCGUCAUGGAGCUCUGCGACGGCGGCACCGCGAUGGAUCUCGUGCGCGGCCAGAUAGCCAUGGACAAGAAGAUGCGGGAGGAGCACAUAGGCUUCAUCCUCAGGGAGGUGAUCAAGGCAGUCAUGUACCUGCACGAGAACAACGUGAUGCAUCGCGACAUACGCGGCAGCAACAUCUUGUUGACCAAGGAAGGAGAAGUGAAGCUGGUCGAUUUCGGGCUCUCGAGGAUGAUCCAAGGGGAGAUGGGGAAGAGGUACACCUGCGUGGGGUCGCCCUGCUGGAUGGCACCGGAAGUCGCCAUCAGCAAGGAGAACAGCGGCGGGUACGGGAAUCGAGCCGACGUUUGGGCGAUCGGGAUCACCGCGAUCGAAUUGGCCGACGGAAAGCCGCCGUUCCAAGACAUGCACCCUACCAGAGCUCUCUUUCAAAUCGUUCGCAAUCCACCGCCCAACUUGUACCGACCGUCGAACUGGACGCAGAACUUCAACGACUUCAUCGCAGAAUGUUUGGAGAAGAAUCCCGAUAACAGACCGUUCAUGGGGGAAAUAGUGGAGCACCCUUUCUUGUCGGAACUCCCCGACAACGACUACUUGCUGACGCAAGAGCUCAAGGUGUUGAUGAUGGACGCCUGCCCGAAAGGUAAACUCGAGAGGAGAGCGGAAGUGCUGAUUCGUAAGGGUUUCCUCAAGACGCAUCAAACCGACCCCCUGGAACCUAUGUUCAUGGAGGACAUCGCCGCUCUCGAGACGUUGACCGAGGACGCGAUCCUGGACGAGCUCCACGAGCGACUGAGGCAGGGCUACUUUCACAGCUUCGUCGGCGACAUUCUUCUGAUUUUGAAUCCGAACGAACAGCAGGACAUUUACGGAUCCGAUUAUCACACCAAGUACCAGUUCAAAUCGCGGUCGGACAACGCGCCGCACAUCUACUCCGUGGCCGACAGCGCUUAUCAGGACGUGAUGCACAACGAGGAGAUACAGCACAUCCUAUUGGCGGGCGAAAGUAAUUCCGGCAAGACGACGAACAUGUUGCACCUGAUCCAACAUCUCAUGUACCUCGGCAAAAGCCUACAAGACACCGGGUCGAGAUUAUUGCGGGCGAUCAAGGUGAUCCACGCGUUCAGCAACGCUGCCACACCCCUCAAUCCUAACUCGACCAGAUGCAUACUGCAAAUACAGACCACCUACGGAUCAUCGGGGAAAGCUUCCGGCGGCAUAUUCUGGUUGUACCAGCUGGAAAAAUGGCGUGUUUCGACACGGGACAGGAAUCAAUCGAAUUUCCACGUAUUCUACUAUUUCUACGACGGCCUGGACUCGAUAAGCAAAUUGAAGCAGUAUCAUAUACCGCCGGGAAGAAGGGCGCGCUAUUUGCGCAUCAGCGACAAAGGGACGGAACGGAAACGAUCCUUCAAAGUGCGGAACGACCCGCGGGGGAACGUGGUGAAGUUCGGCGAACUCAAGGAGAAUCUGCAGAUCCUGGAAUUGGACGAGUACUGCGAGACGAUCUGGAAAACGUUGGCGGCGGUCUUGAUGCUGGGCGAAAUUCGGUUCGUCGAGGGCAACGACGGCGAAGCUGAAAUGGACAACAACGAGCCGGCCAACAGAGUGGCCGAACUGCUCAAUCUCGACGAGAAGAAGUUCAGUUGGGCGCUGGUGAAUUACUGCGCGGUCGUGAAAGGCAGCGUGGUGCGCAGGAAGCACACCUGCGAGGAAGCGAGGGAGGCGCGGGACAUGCUGGCGAACACGAUCUACCAGCGGCUGGUCGACUGGAUAGUGAAUACUAUCAAUCAGAAGUUCACGGUUACGCGCGCGCUAUUCGGCGACAAGUAUGCCAUCAACGUGAUGGAUCUGUUCGGGUUCGAGUGCGUCGCGGUGAAUCGGCUCGAGCAGUUGAUAGUGAACACCACCAACGAACAGAUGCAGUGCUAUUACAAUCAGAGGGUGUUCGCCUGGGAAAUGCAAGAGCAAGAAGAGGAGGACAUACCCGGGCAACGCUUGCACUUCUACGACAACAAAGACGCGAUUGACCAGCUGAUGAGCAGGGACAGGGGUUUGUUCAGCAUAAUCGACCAGGCGUCGAAGAACGUGCUCGAUUAUCAGUACAUUCUGACCAAGAUACACCAACAGUCGAACAAUCUCUUCGUGAAAUCGGUGAGCUCGCACGAGUUCACGGUCGCCCAUUACACGGGAAAGGUGAUGUACGACGCCAGCGAGAUCGCCGAGAAGAACCGAGACUUCGUGCCGCCGGAGAUGAUCGAGACGUUCAGGCAAUCGAGCCUGGUGCCGGUCAAAGAGAUGUUCACCAACAAACUCUCGAAGACCGGGAACGUGACGAUCGUCGUGGAGCAUCCGAAGGUCGCGGAGAAGAAGACGAGCAAAGGGAAAUGGGGCGCUUUGAUGCAGGAGACCUCCAAGCCGAGGAAAUUCAACACCGCGUCCCGAGGGCAAUACUCUCAAACGCGAAGGAUGAGAACAUCCGCGGCGACAUUCAAAUCGACCAGCCUCGAGAUCCUGAAGAACCUCUCGUCGAGCUCCGGAAGCGGCGGGAUCCAUUUCGUCAGGUGCAUAAGAUCGGACCUCGAAGGCGCGCCCCGCGGCUUCUACAGGGAGGUCGUUAAGCAACAAAUCAGAGCGCUGGCCGUUUUGGACACCGCGAAAGCGAGGCAACGCGGCUACCCUUGCAGAAUAUCCUUCCAGGAAUUCCUCCGGAGGUACCAGUUCCUCGCGUUCGACUUCGACGAGAACGUUGAAAUAACGAAAGACAACUGCCGGUUGCUGCUGAUCCGAUUGAAAAUGGAGGGCUGGAUGAUCGGGAAGACCAAGGUCUUCUUGAAGUACUACAACGAGGAGUAUCUGUCGAGAUUGUACGAGACCCAAGUGAAAAAAAUAGUAAAGGUGCAGUGCAUGAUGAGAGCGUUCCUGGCGAGAAAGAGCAUGGCGUCGAAGAUCACGGGAACGAAGAGAGAAGUCGUGAAGCAAGCGUCAUUAAAGAGGAAGGAAACGGUGGACAUAUCGGAGGAGGACGCGGCGCUAAUAUUGCAGAAAGCGUACAGAGGUCAUGUAGUGAGAAAGGAGAUGGCGCCCCUUCUGGGGAAGUCUCAAAUGAGUCCGGAGACGAUGGACAUGAUGAAAUUCUACAGCAGCAAAUGGAGGUCGAAGAGCAUGUUCCAAGUCCUCCUACGUUACCGUGCAGCCCGUUAUCAAGACCUCGUGCAAUUCUCGCAACAAGUCCACCUGUUCAAUCAAGCGAUGAUAGCGACUCUCGAAGCGACGAAUGAACAUGGAGUAUCACUAGACCGGAUCGACCCGAACGUUUCACCGCUGUCGUACUUAGGCCAGAUGAAACCACCCCAAGUGCACAAGUUACCUUUCAACUUUUAUAGCGAGUUACCCUAUUUCGACAUGAAGAGCACCAGAGGGAUGAAAGGUCUUGGAUCCGCGUCGUCGUUGGCGUCUGACGACGAGCACGAAGCCUGGGACGCGCCAUUACGGAGACAAACGGUGCCUUGGGCCAACAGGAACACUCGUACCAGAGAGACCCGAAUACCUCGGUCCGAUGUCCGCCGGAAAAAACGUCCGGAAGCAGAAUGGGUAACUCCGGAUUCCAACAUCCUUCUUCGAGCAACCGUAGUCCCGCGCCAUCAGCUAACGCUCAUAAUCCUCGCUCAAAUGAUUACGAUAGCACCGGGUCGAUACGCUCUAGAAAAAACGCACCACCACCACCCGUUCCAUUCAAUCAGACGCAACCACCCCCGCCCCGUGGCACCGACCAUUACAGCACGAACACUCGAAGUAAAAGCAACGUGACCACCGGCAGCAACGAUUGGGAAUUCGAGGAUCGAAUGAACAAGAACACUGGCAACCCUAAUCGCAUCAACCCGAUCCAGGAAUUGCAGAUGAUAGGUCGUAGAAAUAACAACGAAGGCAACGAGGACACCGACGACCCACCGUUCAACUUCCAG